GAGAAAGCUAUAAAUUGAUGAAACCCGAAAGCAUUGCCUACUAACUUCACUUCACAGAUACGAAGUGAACUCCUCACGAGUCCGACACUGCUAUCGCUCUCCGCUCUAAUUCACCGAUCCACUGGAUAAGUAUGAAGAAUAAAAACAGUCGAGCUAAUCGGAAAGCUCGUUCGGUGAAACCCCCCGAUUCCUGUUUAUCUUCUUCCAAUUCAAACAAGAAAUGGAUGGUUCCCUAUAAAUUCUACGAUGUCAAGGGUCCCAAUUCCGAGUCAAACCCUAAUGUUGACUCGUCUAGUUGGGUUUUGUGCACCGAGGUUCAAUUGGAAACCAUUCUGUUGAAAAACAUUGAAAUUAUAUACAAUGACACUGUGCCAAAGCUUGUUGCUUUGGGCUACAGUGAGGAGAUUGCUGUCAAAGCGAUUCUGUACAAUGGACAUUGUUACGGUGCCAAUGAUUUGGCAACAAACGUGCUGCACAACUCCUUGGCUUGUUUGACAACGGGGACCUUGGACUUGUCUGAGUCCAGCCCUGCGUUCCCUGAUAUGAAGAAGCUUCAGGAGUACUCUUUGAUGAACCUUGUGUCUUUGUUGAAAGAGGUGAGGCCCGAUUUAAGUAGGGGUGAUGCUAUGUGGUGUCUCCUCAUGAGCAAUUUCCAUGUGUUGAAGGCGGGCGCCAUCCCGGUUCCUGUUGGAAACACGUGCCCUCCUCCUCCUCCUCCUUUGCCCGAGCUUGAGAACACGGGAUGGAGAUUUGCGAAAGAGGGAGGCUUGGGUUUUCCUUUGAAUGGGCUCUUUUCUGAUACUGAUAUGACUAUACGGUUACAGAGAGAUAUUGAAUUCCCAAAAAGAUUUGACCUUACUCCUGCCAUGAAAAGCUUGUUGAAAAGAAAUGUUGCAAUGUUUGCUGAUGGUUUUAGGGCUAACUCAAAACAGGUGCAGCCGCAAGCCAGUGAAUUUCCUAGGACUGGCUCUGUUUCGAAAUUGGGUUCUUCAUCUGCUUCUGGGACUGCUGCAGUCCUUGGUGAGCAGCCUGGUGACUCUCACAAUCAGAAUGACCAGGAGGACUUGAACUCUGUGAUGAGUAAAUUUCUUGAUCUAAAUAUUGAUGAUAAUGUGGAGUUUGUGCCAGAAGACGACAAGGAGGAGGUGAUAGUCACUCUAGUUAAUCAGAUAAAGGAUCUUGAGAAACAGGUCAAGGAGCGGAAAGAUUGGGCUCAUGAGAAGGCAAUCCAAGCGGCAAAAAAGCUAAGCAGUGAUCUGAUUGAGCUGAAAAAGUUCAAGAUGGAAAGAGAGGAGAAUAAAAAACUGCCGAAGGAGACAGGGGCAGCUGAGGAGCUGGACAACCCAACCAUGAUGAGACUCUCAGAAAUGGAGAAUGCCUUGAGAAAGACUAGUGGUCAAAUGGACCAAGCAACUGCAGCUGUCAGAAAACUUGAGGCGGAGAAAGCUGAAAUCAAAGCAGAGUUAGAGGCUUCUAAAUUAAGUGCAUCAGAGUCAGUCACAAGCUGUUUGCAAGUUGCAAAAAGGGAGAAAAAGUGCUUAAAGAAGCUUCUGACUUGGGAAAAACAGAAAGUAAAGAUACAUCAGGAUAUUUCAGAUGAAAAACAGAAGAUAUUGGAGAUACAAGAAGAACUAGCUCAGAUUAAACAGUGUGCAAAGGAAACUGAGGUAACGAGGAAGGAAGAGUUGAAGGCUAAGGAAGAAGCCUUGGCACUAAUUGAAGAGGAGCGCCGUUCUAAGGAAGCAGCUGAGGCUAAUCAUAAAAGAAAUCUUAAAGCUUUACGCCUGAAGAUAGAGAUAGAUUUCCAGCGUCGUAAGGAUGAUCUCCUUAGGCUGGAGCAGGAGAUUUCACGCCUUAAAGCACCUGCACGGUCUACUACUUUGCCUACAAGUGAGUCUGAGGAUGCAGAGCCCCAGAGAGAGACACUUGCUAAGCUUCUGCUAGAGUUAGAUAAUGUGAAGGAUUUUUCUGGAAAAGAAAUCAACGGUGAUAGAGAAUGCAUUAUAUGUGGAAAGGAUGAAGUUUCAGUUAUUUUCUUGCCAUGUGCACACCAAGUUAUGUGUGCUCGUUGCGGUAAAGAGUAUGGGAAAAAGGGUAAAGCUGUUUGUCCAUGCUGCCGGGUUCCAAUUGAAGAGAGAAUUCCUAUAUUUGGGGCAUGUUCGUAGUCUUACAUCGGUAAGCUAUGAAUAUUUUGCAGAAAAACUAUGUUCUGCCGUAGCUUAUCUUUUGAAUGUCUGAAAAUGAAAAUCUAUUAUUACUACCUUGAAAAUAAGAUAGGUAAAUACUAACAUGUGCUUUGAAGGCACUAGUCAAGGAUUAAAAAAUAUAAAUGAUUUUAGGAUAUGAGUAAACUGUAAAGACUUGAGUUGUUUAUGCAACAAAACUUAUAUUUUCAUUCUUGUAUGGCGGUUUCUGGGUACGAGUCUAAAGCAACUGCAUUAUUUGCUUUGGUAGCUUACGAUUUUACCCCGCCAAUCUUAUUAAAUGUAGAAGAUAUAUCAAGGGUACACGAUAUUUUGCCCCUCGA